AGUCAAACAAAGUAAACACAAAUACCUAAAAUUUAAUCUUUUAAUUUCUGUAAUGUUUAAUUAAGACUUUUUUUGCAAAUAACAUGGAUUCAAAUUUGAGUACUCUCCCCGUUCCUGAAGAGUUCCCUUUUCCAUUUAAGUCCUAUGAAAUACAAUUAGAAUUUAUGAAAUGUCUUUACUCUGUUUUAGAAGAGAAAAAGUUGGGAAUAUUUGAAAGUCCAACAGGCACUGGAAAAUCAUUAAGUAUUAUCUGCGGGGCACUAAAGUGGCUAAAAGAUCAUGACGAACAUGAAAGACAACACCUAAACGACCAAAUUACUACAUUAGAAGAGAAAAAAGAACUACUAGCUAUUGACGAAACCGAUUGGUUUUCUUCGCAAUCUAAAGAAAUUGAAAUCACUGGGAAGUUAAAUAAAUUGAAGCUAGAACAACGAAAAAUUGAUAACUAUGAUAAAAAAAUUGAAAACAUCAGAACAGAAGGAUGUAAACCAAAACAAUUUAACUACAAAAAGACACAUUCCAAUAGCUUAUUACCACAGAAAGGCACUAAAAUAACAAAUUCAGAAAAGGAAAUUGAAGCGAUAUCAGAAAUUGAGGAUGAAGAUAUUUUAUUAAAUGAACAAACUAGCCAAGAACCAGAAGAAGAAGAUGAUGAUGAAGAAGAUGAAACUAAUGAUAAGUUUUACCCUACACAGAUUAUUAUAGCAAGUCGUACCCAUUCUCAGCUUUCUCAGUUUGUUGGUGAAAUAAGAAAAUCUCCUUUCGCAGAAAAUGUUAGGGUGGUUUCACUAGCUUCUAGACAGAACUAUUGUAUUAAUUCAGAUGUAAAAGCUUUAAGCAAUAUGACACUUAUAAAUGAACGAUGUUUAGAUUUACAAAAGAAACAGUCUUCACAAUCGAAGCGGGACGAGAAUGGUAAAACUUUAAAAAAAUCAAAAACGUCAAACUGCCAGUGUCCCUAUUUUAAACAAACAAACAUAGAAGACUUAAGAGAUUUCGCUCUCAACCAAGUUCAUGACAUAGAAGAUCUUGUGCAAGUUGGUAAAGAACUGAGUGCUUGUCCUUACUAUGCCAGCAGAAAGGGAGCCGAAGAUGCUGAAGUCAUUUUGGUUCCCUAUAACACCCUCCUGCAUAAAUCGACCAGAGAAGCAAGUGGAAUUAGGCUAAAAAACAACAUUGUAAUUAUAGACGAGGCACAUAAUCUUUUAGAGGCUUUAGCGCAAAUGCACGGAGCUGAGCUUAAUUAUUCCCAGCUAUUUUACUCUCUUCAUUGUUUAAAAUGUUAUAAACAGAGAUAUAGUACUAUGUUUUCUGCAACGACCCUCAGGUUCCUAAACCAAUUGAUUUUCGUUGUGAGUAAGCUGAUUUCUAUGUUUGAUAAAGAUUUGAAAGACGAAACUACAGAAAUAUUUACAUUAGAGAAUUUUGUGCUUUCGGCUGGUAUAGAACAGUACAACUUCUUUCAUUUAAUAAAAUUUUGCAAAUCUUCUAAGAUUGCUCAAAAGGUCAGGUCUUACGCUCUAAAAUAUCCACUAACUGAAGAAACGAUCAAAAAAGGCAGUUCAAGUAAAAGGUCUGGUUUAAAAGACUUUUUGUCAUCGAUAGAAAACAAAAAGGCAUCAUCAGGCGAAAAGCCGACAGAAAUGUCUAAAUUAUCAAUACCAAAUAAUCCUCUUAUGGCAGUCGUUUCUUUUUUUGAAUCUUUGACCUACAGUUAUGAGGAUGGUAGAAUUUUAGUUACUAAAAAUCCGGAUAAAAAGGGCUGUAAAAUGCAAUUUUUGUUACUCAACCCUACAGGAAAUUUUGAGGAUAUUGUGAAGGACGCUCGAUCGGUUAUUGUAGCAGGUGGUACAAUGAAACCCAAUACUGAAUUUAGGGACAGACUUUUUAUAGGUGCAGGUGCGAAACCCGCAAAUAUCGUUGAAUUUUCAUGUGACCACAUUAUCCCAGAAGAGAAUAUUUUGCCAAUUUCAGUCACGAAGGGACCCAAACAAGAGAAAUUGUUAUUUAAUUUCAGCAAUAGGAUGUCUAUGGGUCCAGUACUUAUGGAUAUAAUAAAACGCACCUGUGAUCUUGUAAAAGGCGGAAUUGUAGUAUUUUUUCCUUCAUACAAUUAUGAAAAUUGGGUUUUUGAACAAAUAAAGUCAGUAAACCUGGGCAGGAUCUUGUUUAGAGAGCCACAAAAGUCUGGUAGUGUUGAUGAAGUGCUUGAAAAAUAUUCGGCUACUAUCAAGAAAUCGAGGACGGGAGCGAUCUUAUUCAGUGUUGUAGGUGGUAAACUUAGCGAAGGACUAAAUUUUAGCGACGAUUUGGGUAGAUGCGUUAUCGUAGUUGGUCUUCCCUAUGCCAAUAUAAUGGCGGUGGAUCUAAAGGAAAAGAUGACAUUUUUAGAUAAGAAAGAGGGCCAAGGUGCAGGUCAACAGUUUUAUGAAAAUCUUUGUAUGAAGGCUGUAAAUCAGUGUAUUGGCAGAGCUGUUAGACACAAAAAUGACUAUGCAACUGUACUUUUACUUGAUGAAAGAUACGGAAAACCUGGCACCAGCAACGCCUUACCUGGUUGGAUAAAAAGAUCUUUAAAAAUUAGAGACUGCCAAGGGGCCUUUGAACUUAUAAAUGAGUUUUUCAAGAACAAAUGAAACUAUUAGUGAAGAACUCAGGACUGUUUAUUUUUCGAAUCGUUAUCGUCGGUUACAAUUUCGAUGCGUUUUCUUUUGGAGUAAUGCUGUAUUUUGUCUUCCAGGCUCUCUAUAUAAAAUAAAUUAUUUUUAGGUUUUUAUAAAUUUUAUGCAAUAAAAACAUUUAGAACUUACUACA